CCUCUUUCUUCUGAUCACAUCAUCUCGCUGACCUCCUUCUCCUUUUAUAAAUUCUCCCAAACUUCUCUCAAUUCCCUCCACAAUCAACUACAUACAACAAUGGCGUCCUCUCUAACAUCAGCGUCCUUGUGUCUCUUUCUCCUUCUUCUCUCCUUCUUGGCUCUCGGCUCUGCUCUGGACAUGUCCAUCAUCGACUAUGACGCAAAGCACUUGCCCAAAGGUGCUCUCAGAGACGAAAGGCAGGUGAGGAACAUGUACGAGUCCUGGCUCGUCAGGCAUGGCAAAGCCUACAAUGCUCUGGGAGAGAAGGAGAGGAGGUUUCAGAUCUUUAAGGAUAACCUCAACUUCAUCGACGAGCACAACAUGGUGGAGAACCGGUCCUUCAACCUCGGUCUCACCCGUUUCGCUGAUCUCACCAACGACGAGUUCCGGUCCAUGUAUCUGGGAGCCAAGAUGAACCGAUCCACGCGACUGCUCUCCGGCUCAAGGAGGAGCGAUCGGUACGCCUACCGUGCCGGCGACCAGUUGCCUGACACCGUGGAUUGGAGAGCCAAGGGCGCCGUUGUUCCAGUUAAAGAUCAAGGCCAAUGCGGGAGUUGCUGGUCAUUCUCUACGAUUGGAGCGGUGGAAGGGAUCAAUCAAAUCGUGACUGGGGACCUGAUAUCUCUGUCAGAGCAAGAACUGGUGGAUUGUGACAGAACUUACAACCAGGGGUGCAAUGGAGGUCUCAUGGACUAUGCUUUUGAGUUCAUCGUCAACAAUGGAGGCAUUGAUACCGAAGAGGAUUACCCUUACCGUGCUCGCGACGGUGCAUGCGAUCCCAACAGGAAAAAUGCCCGAGUCGUCACCAUUGAUGGAUACGAAGAUGUGCCAGAAAACGAUGAACUUUCCUUGAUGAAGGCUGUUGCAAACCAGCCAGUUAGUGUCGCCAUUGAAGCUGGUGGCAGGGCAUUUCAGCUUUAUCACUCGGGUGUAUUCACAGGGCAAUGUGGAACGCAGCUAGAUCAUGGAGUGGUGGCGGUGGGAUAUGGAACAGAGAAUGGAAAAGAUUACUGGUUAGUGAGGAACUCGUGGGGUCCAAAGUGGGGUGAAGAAGGUUACAUAAAGCUGGAGAGGAACGUGGCAGGUGGGAAGACAGGUAAGUGCGGGAUCGCAAUGGAGGCAUCGUACCCUACAAAGAAGGGUAAGAACCCUCCAAAUCCCGGGCCUUCCCCUCCGUCUCCAUCAAAGCCUGAAACCCAAUGUGACGACUACUACUCUUGUCCUUCUGGAUCCACUUGCUGCUGCCUCUACCAGUACCAAAACUUCUGCUUUGGAUGGGGAUGCUGUCCUCUUGAAUCUGCAACAUGCUGUGACGAUCAUUCUAGCUGCUGUCCUUCUGAUUAUCCUGUUUGUGAUACCCGAACUGGAACUUGCAGAGUCAGCAAAGAGAACCCGUUCGGAGUAAAAGCUUUUAGGCGAUCCCCAGCUUCAAGCACGGGAGGCCAACAGAGAUCUGCUGCUACAAUCAACUUUGCUUGAUUACUAGCCUUUCUCUGAGGACUCAGGACGGACAAUGAGGAACAUGGGAGCGAAUGCGAUUUCAGAAUAUAUGCAUGCAUUUCCAAGAUGAUUUUUCACUGCUGUAAAUAUUGGCUGCUGUUUUAUCUUGAAAGUCGAAAGAAGUUCUGGGCGAUUAAUCA